GUUGGGGGNGGGGCGAGCGGACCGGGUAGUUUAACGGCGACGUACCGGAGACCGGUAAGGCUAGAGAUCGGUGCACCGGUCGAUCGCACUCGGAGCAACGCGUUCAAACCACGAGGACGGACUCCGCGUACGACCGCGAGGGUAGACACCCCUUCUUCCUCGCCUUCCUCUGUUAAUGUCGCGGGGGUAGAAUCUGUGUCAUUCGCGUGAGCUCCAUAGGUUUCCAAAUCCCCUCCUCGCUCAUAUCAAUCGAGCGGCUCGAACGGAUCCUCUUUCACGAGGACGCCCGGCGCGCGCGCGCGAGGCUCGUUUUUUCGUUUUUCGACGGUUCCUCUUUCGAUUGUUACCGCCUCUUCGUUUUUUUACGGCGUAUGCGAUCACGGGAAAAAGUGAUAACGAGAACGGAAAUGUUUCCGGAAAUUUACCCUCCUUUUGUGACACGCAUAGUAUCGUUGAGCAAGCGAUGUAUGCAUGACAGGCGGCCGUCUCUAAUUGGCAUCACGACCACGUGGUACACGUGCUGAAAUAUAUAUAUAUAUAUAGAUAUACAUACACUUACACACACACACACACACACACACACGCGACACACACGUUACAUCGACUAAUUAUAUACGUUCACCGGACAUACUUAACGAAUCGUUUAGUGACAGACUGACAGGCGGGCGAUAGAUAGCAGGGAAGGAUAGACGGAAGAGAGAGAGAGAGAGAGAGAGAGAGAGUAGAAACAGGAUUAAUCAGAGGAUCGAUGAGGGAGGAGUUGGAGGACAUGUUGGAGGAUGUGAAUGGCAACCGCACCAAGGAGAGACCAAACUCGCUUAAUGACAUAUUUGUAAUUACCUACUUGCUUUUUAUUUAUUUUAAUUAUUAAUUAAUUAGUUAUCCUAUUUAUUGGCGCGGAGGCUGAGACGCAUACAUGCACACAUACGUCCAUACGGACACACACAUACACAGAUAGACAGACAUACAGAGAUAUACACGCAUCAUUACAUCGGCACGCAUAAUUUCCGGGAUGACAGAGAUCACGCAGGAAUAAUUACAGACGCGGACGCGCGGACGCGCAUAGAAUGUGCCCGAGUCACCGCCAUCUCCGCGAACCGUUAUCCCGACGAGAUAUAAAAAGGACAAAAUUGUUGCGCUGGAUCCUUCGAUUGUUACUUAAACUCCCCAGUAAGCGAGAAAUCAUCAAUACAACAUUACUUGCAAAUGUUAUCUUGUAACAUGUUACAUUUUCAAAUACGUGAUUCUUAAUGUUGUACACAACGCCCAUUGUUAACGAUAUCCAAAUGUUAAAAAUAAUAUUUCUACACUAUGAUUUUGUAAUAUUUGGAAAUAUUAUAUUAUCAAGCAACGGUUCGAAAACGGUUGAUAAAAUUCGUGUAAAACUCGUGUAAAAUCGUCAAUGUUUUUUGUUUACCGGGUCUGUUGUUCGAAUGAAAGGCGAACCGAGAAAAGGCUCGAUAGAAAGAGGAGAAGGUACAGCUGUGUGAGGAGGGAAGUUCGUUCCUCUUUCUCUCGCGUGCACCUCGCCGUUUUCUCCUCUGUGCGUCUUCUUCCUGUGUUCGGCGCGUUAGAGAUCGAUCGUCAGCGGAAAGUAAUUUACGGGGGCGGGGGGAGGGGGGGGGAGGUUCGAAGAGUCGCACCCAUCGACCUUUCGUUGGCGUUUCUGCCGCCGUGCGACUCGAACGAUACGUUGCAAUCUUUCGUCAGCAGCGCUUCUCCUUCGGUCGUCCGCGCGCAUCGUCCAUCGGCGGUGCAGCGGAGAACUUCCCUCUCGUUCUCGACCACGGAUUACCGGUCUCGUCGUCGGUGCAUGCACUUCCGAGCACGCGUGGCGGGUGGAAGGCCAGAAGCAUUUGCUUGCGAUUGUACUUGCAUAUUAUUUAUAUAAGACAACAGUAUUUUUCCCGUUGCAGACAUUCGCGAUUACACAUGGUCGUACAUGGGCAAAUUUCACGUACGAUCUCUUCUUCCCCCGGGGUAGAAGUAUACGAAACGAAUGUGCGCUCGUUAUUCCGCGUAUUACCAACAUAUUACGCGCAUAUGAUUUUAGGCAACGGUUGAAGGGGCACAGUUUUCACUCUGGUGUGUUAUACAAAUGUCUGUGGUGGACACCGCCCUUUCGAGUCUCGCCCGUACGCGCUUUCGGAUGAGAGGAAGCUCGGCGGAAUCGCGCGAGAAUGCCCGGCGAGUGCGUGUGUGCGUGCGGUGCGUGCGCUGCUUGUCUCUCGGCUCGACUCUCGGAAAUUUCGUUUCCAACGCGCGCGACGUUUCUCGAGUUCGAGUAUUUUGUACCUCCGACGAGGGAGACGCGAGCGAUGAUCGGGUCGCGAGUCAGAUUCUUGAAGAGAGUGUGUGCGUGCGGUCCUCCCGGGUUUCGACCGGCGACGUGGGUGAAAAUCUCGAGGGAGCGAGAAUGCGACAGGAUUGAGAGAACGGCGUCGCUCGUGCUUCCCGGAGAGACACGGCUGAUCCUCGGACGCGCGGCUGUACUGCAAUUUUCGCGACACAGCAAAAUCAGCGAGGAAAAGGGAAAACAACACACAUACACACACACGCGCGCGCGCGCGCGAUCCCCCCCCCCCCCCNNNNCCCCCCCCCUCGAUGUUUCACAGAUGAACCGACAGACAUCGUCUUUCUGCGCUCUUGGCUAAGUCUCGCGUUUUAAUUUAAUUUACGGCAAUGAUAUUCAACGUGUUUUUUUUUUUCAUAAGUAAUUAUUUUGUAAUACUGUCUGUAUAUGUCAUACGUAUAAUAAUAAUAAUAUUCCGUACGUUGUGGUGGCGUUGCUUGGUGGUGACUCUUUGGCGUUUAGCUCAGCGGCCGCUCUCGAUCCUCUUUCGGCCGGCGCUUCUCUUCGGGAGGGUUCGCUUCGCCGCCGCGUCUCUUCGCUGAACCUCGGCAAACUUCCGGUCCGAAUGAUGAAUUUAUAUACACGAAUACGCUAAUACGAGAGAGAGAGAGAGAGAGAGGGAGAGAGAAAGAGAGAGAGAGAGAAAUAAAGGGUUUUGUAAAUUCAUAAUCAUGACGAGGUAUUAAUUUUUUCGGCAAUUUGUUCGCCGUGUUCGCAACUCGCGAUGCCGCGCGAAUGCGCGCCGAGCGAUCCGACGAGGAUCCCGUGCGUUCGAAACAAGCGCACGUUUCGCCGCGGUCGGACGCGCGGACAAUUUCAGUGGGCAGCGCACGAGUCGAGCGGAAUGGGAUUUAGCCUUCCGGGCGAGCCGCCAGCCGGAAUGUUGAAGUGACGCGACGAGAAUGGAGCGCACGUCGAACGGGUUUUCACCCUCUCGCGAAAUCUCGUAACUCCCCGAGCGAGCAAGCAACGAGGCACGCGGGAGGCAAUCACGACACAGAACGAGGCCGCUCUCAACCCGGGCAUGUCGGAUGACGAGUCGAUCGACCGGCCGGAGAGAAACGUGAAGGUCUUCGUGCGGGUCCUACCGCUCGGGGAACCUCUCGCGUGCGAUUCCUACAUGAAGAUCAGCGGGGAUCGUAAGACGUUCUCCGUGCGACAUCCGCAGGACGUGCGACGAGACCGGAAGUCAGCGGACUCGUGUCCCGUCUACUGGGCCUUCCCGACCGACGGGACAUUUCACGAAGCGUCGCAGGACACGGUGUAUCGCACUGUCGCGGGGGAUCUUGUGGAAAAAGGGAUAGUCGCGCGGCUCCUGUCCGAUAUGUUCGCGGCGAAGGCGAAUCGACGGAAGGUCAGCGACAUACGUUACCGCCUAAGCUUCGUCGAGUUGACAAGUAGAAACGUGAUCGACCUCCUAACUGCGCGAAGGCCUAAGGUCAAUGUCAAGAACGUGAACGACGUCUUCGAGAACGUCAUCGCGGUGGACGUGCAGAACGAGCCGCAGGCCUUGAAGAGACUAUUCGAGGGAGAAGCUAGGAGAUCGAUCGUGAUGGCCGCAACGUAUCCGGUAUCGCACUUGGCCGCUGCCGUGAUCACCUUUCACGCGUCGAACACGAGCUUGAUCAUGUCGCGGGCCGUCGUAGCGACGGCGAAAAUACACGUUGUAGAAAUGGCUGGGAUCGGCACGGUGGGGAAAUCGAGUUGCUCGAAACCGGCGAGUGACGUGGGUAUGGCGAAUUUAAUGAAAAGCCAGUUAGAACAGUACUUCUUGUAUCUUCGAGAACCGAGUGUCUCAAUAUACGGCGUCGCUCGUCGCUCGAACCUUUCGAGAUUGCUGAAGAACGAAUUCACCGUCACCUCCGUCAUUCGUUUCAUAUCUCACGUGCGCGUCACAAAGGAAGAUCUCGCCGUCACUUUGUCGACCAUGCGACUGACCAUGAAAAUCGCAAGACUGAGGCCGAUCAGGACGACACGGCACGUUCGGCCGCAGGCAGAGCUGACCCUGCAACGGCUGCGGGAGGAGGUGAACGCGCUGAGGAAGGAGCUGCGAUUGAACGAUAUGUUCCUUCGUCAAGAGGCGUUGGCGAACAUCUCAAGGACGAGGGCCGAGCAGAUCGGUCGGGACGCUAUGAACUUCCUGAAGGGCUCCAUCUCCGAACUGACGCUCUUCAACGUCACGCAGGCGCGGAUAUUGAUGAAAAUCGUCAAGCAGCUGUACAACAAAUUAGUCGCGAAAGGUGACGAAGAGAAGUUGAGCGAAGCGUACGAAGAUGUGAUGAACUCGUUGAUGCCGGCGGACGCUACUUUGCCUCCUGCGACAUCAUCACAAGUACCUGAACUACAUAAAAUUGAUUCGGAUGACGUUUUCAACAGAGGCGAAAAUUUAACGUCGGAAAUGUCAAGAGGCACCGACGACAAAAAGACAGCGGAGCAAGUAGGAAUAUUAAUUAAACACGGCAUCUCGUUAGGGCCCGUUCUGCAAACGGACAGCAUGGCGUUAGGAUUAAAAUAUCCGGCAGCGCCGAAACUGUUUGCGGAUAAUGACGAGAUGCAAAUGACGACCGAACUUACACAUGAAUGCGUGGAUAAGGCGAAAAUAUUGUAAUAACGUUGUAUUAACGAUUUCUUGCUUACUGGGCAUAAUAUACAACAUAUUUUUUUUGUAGAGAGUCAUAAAUUCCAGUA